CUGCCUCUUUGUGCAUUAGUUAAGUUCCUCCUGACCCUCAGCAUUCUCUGGUUGUUAUACCGGGAUGUAAGAAAAUACCUGCUGUUUCCAAAUGUUCCUACUCAGACCUGUUCUUUGAGCCAUUGAGCAGUUUCAUUUUUGAACAGCAAACGGAGAAGGUGCCGCUGCCUCCGCUGCGUGUGUGUGUGUUGUAAAAAGGAUGGUGUUUCUCUAGCUGCCACACGCACACAUUUGACCAUGAGGACUCUUCGCAGGUUGAAGUUCAUGAGUUCGCCCAGCCUCAGUGAUCUGGGCAAGAGAGAGCAGGCAGCCUUGGAUGAGCGGGGAACCCAGCAGCGACGGGCCUGCUCCAACGCCACCUGGAACAGUAUCCACAAUGGAGUAAUAGCUGUUUUCCAGAGAAAAGGCCUUCCGGAGCAUGAGCUGUACAACCUCAAUGACGGAGUCCGGCAGCUGCUGAAAACUGAGCUGGGAUCCUUCUUUACGGAAUAUUUACAGAACCAGCUUCUUACAAAAGGCAUGGUCAUCCUGAGGGACAAGAUCCGGUUUUAUGAAGGACAGAAACUUUUGGAUACCUUGGCUGAAACUUGGGAUUUCUUUUUUAGUGAUGUCCUGCCCAUGCUCCAGGCCAUAUUCUAUCCUGUGCAGGGGAAAGAGCCCUCUGUCCGCCAACUAGCUCUUUUGCACUUCAGGAAUAUUAUAACCCUCAAUAUCAAACUGGAAGAUGCUCUGUCCCGUUCCCGAGCAAGAGUUCCUCCUUCAAUUAUUCAGAUGUUGCUUAUCCUUCAGGGUGUCCAUGAAUCAAAAGGAGUGACUGAAGACUACUUGAAACUGGAAUCUCUGAUACAGAAGGUCGUUUCCCCUUACUUGGGCACCUAUGGCUUGUACUCAAAUGAGGGGCCCAUCACUCACUCUUCGUGUUUUUUAGAAAAGCGAUUCUUCCGGCGCUCUAAAUCAGGAGACAUCCCCGCCAAGAACCCUGUGGUGCGAUCCAAAAGUUACAACAACCCCCUGCUGACUCCAGUAGCCGAGUAUGAAACGGAGGGGGCGGCCCCCAACAGCUCCGGCAUCCGAAGGCACUCUGUCUCCGAGAUGACCCUGUGCAUGGAGACACAGGACUACUCCAAUCUAACGACGAUCAUGGACAGCGGCUCCAGGAAUUCAAUGGCUACCACCAAAAACUCACACUCGGGAGAGGCAGAAAGGCUGUCUGCUGGCUGUGCGCAGUGCACUGGCCACCUCAAGGCACCAGAGCCACCCAAAGGACUCUCCUACCCAGGGGGUGACCCGAGCAGGGCAUUUGAGCUGUCCAGAGACCAAGACUUACUAGCCAUCGCCCCUACAGCCAGCCCGGAGAAUAUUGUGGACCAGAUUUUGGAGUCAAUAGAGUCGGAUUCCGAUGGGAUUUUCAUGGAGUUUGGCCAAAGCGGCUCCAGUUCAUCCGAGUACAACAUGGAUGUGAACAGACAGAGCGUCCUCUGAAGGACUCUGGGUGACGAUCUCGGUUCACGCUUAAGGACACCGCUGUGGGAUUCAGCAAAACCUGUCUUACGCCAUCUUGCGAGGGAGUCUCCCAGAAUACCUGAAUAAUCAGAAAUUGAGGGAGGGGAUGUCCUUCUGACCAGAGUGAUACUCGAGGGACUGAUAGAAGAUUUAGAUAAUGGUGGUACCGUUUAGCCAUAGGUGUCAGACUGUUUUUCCGGCCAGGUGCCUUCAGCUGCAAACCAGGCCCAUUGCAGGGACAGGUGCUGCAGCACAGGAAGUGGGGCCUUUGCGACAGACCUGGCUGGAGGAUGAGGGCCUGCAGCGUAAUGUCAGAUCUGCUCUCCUCCCUCCCUCCCUCUGCUGUGUGACCUGGCCCCUUGCUCAGCAGGCCAAGGGCAAAGGGGGUCUCUGGACAUGACUGGCCGUCGUCGUUCUGUCUUGGGCCUGGUCCAUUCAUUACCCGUAUGGUGUGGAAACUGCUUCCACGUGGUUGGGGGUGCUGGGAUCUCUGUCAGCAGGAGCCAGGGGGACUUGCAGGUGAUGUGGUUCUUUCCAAUAGGAGCACUGCCGGUUCCCUGGCACGAGUUACAUGGCUGUGGAUCAUGACAGCAUCAUUUGCCCAGGCACUGUGAUCAGACGUUGAUGGCGUGGUGUGGGAUCCAAACACCACUCGAAUUUGGGUUUUGGGAUGUACCUGUGUGGCAGUUUCCCGUGUGGGGCUUUAGCAGGAAGUAAAAAUGCAGCUGGCUAUGUGAGCUUACCCUUCUGAGAACCUGACUUGGUCUAGUUAAAGUGAGUUACAGUGAAGUCCCGCUGAUAUUCCUGGGUGCAGUGAAUGACCAUGGCUGGAAGCCCUGGUGCUUUCAAGGGGGUCUGACGUCACUUGGAUCGGAGCUGGUGUGUCCCAGGUGAGGCGAGACGGAAGUUCUCCCUGUCUCACAGUUCAUUCCCGCUUGCAAUGCAUCACUUGGUAUGGCCGUUGUGCUCUGAGGGAUAUGCAUGUAGGGACCUGCCCCAGACAGGCAUGUCCUUCAACCCAUUACUGGUUUCACCUGCUCCUGAGUGGGAAGCAGCCAUCUACAUUGCGGAGGACGUAUUGCUCACUACACAGUGAUUUCUCUUGAGUGGCCAGAGUCGCCUUCCUUUUCUAAUCGGUUUUGCAAAAGCAGGUAUUUUUUCUUUGAAAGAUAAACAUUUCUUUAGGGUUUGAAAGCAAGAAAAGUCCCCCCCCCCAAAAAAAAAGCAAAACCAACCUGUGACUCCCAACAGAGCAGAAUCUGGUGUGGUUUAUUUGUCCUCCGUACUGCCUGUAAGCACUCCUUUUACCAUUUGACAAGU